AACAGCUGAUCGUAUGUAGGCGGACAAAGAUGGCGAGCGUACGUCUGAUUAAUCCCGUUGUCAGAUAACUGUCAAAAAAGCUCGAGCUUGCUGUUCGUUUACAGCAUCAACAAUAUUUUUUGCAAAUGUGUACAUAAUUAGCUCGUAAUACGUGAUGGCAUUUCUCGAGUGGAGACGCUUCAAUUUUUUCGAUCUUAAGAAAGAAGUCGAUGGCGGGAAAAUUGCUAAAGCACUUGGCGAGGCUCAAGUUACUGCAGCGACGAGCGGUAAUGGGAACUUAGUUUUCGGAGAUAACACGGGCAAUGUGCAUUUAGUGAACAGGACCUACGACGUUACCACUUUUCGUGCUUACGAAAUCACGUUAACCUUAGCUCAACAAGUUCAACAUUCCACGUAUCUGUUUACCAUUGGUGAAGAUGAACCAGGUUGUAAUCCUACAAUAAAGGUCUGGAAUGUAGCUAAACCAGACAAACAAGGAAAUCCAACAUGUGUCAGAAUAAGUAGAGCCAUACCUAGUUACAGAGCUGUUCCUGCAACUGCAUUGUGUGUACACACAUGUCUUACUUUAAUGGCCAUUGGCUUUGGGGAUGGCUCAAUUAUGCUUUAUAGGGGUGAUUUGACUAGAGAAAGAAAGAAUAAAAUAAAGGUGUUGAAAGACACAAAUCUUUCUAUUACUGGUUUAGCAAUAAGAUCCACAAGUAAACAAACUCAUUUAUUUGUUGCUACACCAAAUAGUGUUUUCCUUUAUAAUAUUACUAUUAAGGAUAAAGAAUUUAAGUCACCUUUGGAUAUUAUGGGUUGUGCUAGAAAGUGUAGUGUUCUUGCAGAGACUAUGCAAGAUAGUCACUUCAUGAUUGGCCAUGAUAAAGCAAUCUAUUGUUAUACACCAGAUGGUAAAGGCCCUUGUUAUGCAGUAGGAGGUCAGAAGAUAAUGUUAGAGUGGUUUAGAAGUUAUUUAGUUAUCAUAGCAAAAGAAGGUGCUGAUGUUCCAAGAACCACAACCACCAUUUCUGCAAAACCUAGUACUAUAGAACCAAUACCUCCAGGAGUAGAUAAACAUAUGAUCACAGUACUGGAUAUACAUAACAAGUUCACUGUUUUCUCUGCACCAAUGUUAUCCGUGCAGGCAGUUUUAUCUGAAUGGGGAGGAUUUUUUAUACUCAGCGGUGACAGUAAACUGUACCACCUGGAUGAAAAAGACUUGCAAUCAAAAUUAGCAUUACUUUUCAAAAAGAAUUUAUAUGACGUGUCUAUCAGGAUAGCUAAAAAUCAGCAGUACGAUGCUGAAGGCCUUGUCGAUAUAUUUCGACAAUACGGUGAUCAUUUAUACUCGAAAGGUGAUCAUAACGGAGCGAUAGAGCAGUAUAUAAAAACUAUUGGGAAAUUGGAACCUUCGUACGUGAUCAGAAAAUUCUUAGAUUCUCAGCACAUCGAUAAUUUAACAACUUAUCUGCAAGCCUUGCAUAAAAACGGACAAGCAACGGAAGAUCAUACUACUUUGUUACUAAAUUGUUAUACAAAGCUGAAUCAUACGGAUAAAUUAAAGGAAUUUAUCAUGACGAAAGACAGGGAGGUCGAUUUCGACGUUGAAAUUGCGAUAAAAGUUUGUCGUCAAGCAUCACCGGAAGAUGCCUUACUUCUUGCACAAAAGCAUGGUCGCCACGAAUGGUAUCUUCGCAUUCAAAUAGAAGAUAAGCACGAGUAUAAAAAAGCGUUAGAAUACAUGGCAACUUUAGAAUUUGAAGAAGCGGAGUCUAAUAUGAAGAAAUAUGGUAAUAUUCUCAUAGAAAACGUGCCAAAUGAAUCUACGCAAUUUUUAAAGACCUUAUGUACCAAUUAUAGGCCUUCGAAUAAACCGCUCGUUGAUCAGGAAGCGUUAGAUGGUACCGUGGACCAACAUAUUGAUAAAGCUAAUCCAGAAGACUUCAUUCACCUGUUUUUAAAUAAUUCAGAACGUUUAGUGGAAUUCUUAGAACAUCUAGUAAAAACAGAUACCAAGUGGAGUACUCUGGUAUAUAAUACAUUGGUAGAACAUUAUCUCCAUGUCUGGUCAGCCUUAGAUAAUGAUGUAGCUAAAGUGCAAUAUGAACAGAAGAUUAUACGUCUGUUGCAAAGUUCGGAAGCGUGUUAUGAUAAAGACCAGAUAUUAAUUUUAUGCCAUCAGCAUAGCUUUAGGCGCGGUUUGCUCUUUCUUUACGAAGAAAGUAAACUAUACCAGGAAAUAUUGCGAUUUCAUUUACGAGAAGGAGACAGCGAGCAAGUUUUGGCUACUUGCAAACGAUUUGGCCAUCAGGAUCCAAAUCUAUGGGUACAGGCAUUGUGGAGUGUUGCAAGAAACAAAGAAGCGCCGACUAAACUUCUUGCAGAUAUAUUGGCCUACAUAGCACAAGAGAGACUUUUAUCGCCACUAAUGGUCAUUGACGCAAUUUCAACUUCACUUUCUUGUACCAUGGGAGAUGUAAAAACUUAUUUAAACAGCGUACUGCGAACAGAGCACGAACAGACACAGGCAGACAUAGAAUUAACUGAGAAGUAUCGAGCAGACACUCAAAAAAUACGACAGCAAAUAGAAUCGAUUAAAAAUAACACAAUAAUCUUUCAAGGAUCGCGUUGCAGUGCGUGUCGUGAUCAAUUAGAAUUGCCAUCAGUACACUUUAUGUGUCAACAUUCGUACCAUCAACAUUGUUUCCAAAGUUUCUCGGAAAACGAAAAUGAAUGUCCUGCCUGUUUGCCAAAUAAUAAAAAGUUAUUGGAUAUUAUAAGGGCUCAAGAACAGUCGAGAGAUCUUCACGAAACAUUUCACAGUCUUCUUGAUCGAGCAGAAGAUCCAUUUUCAUUAGUUGCCGAUUAUUUCGGACGGGGAGUGUUUAAAAAGUUAAUGGUGAUCACUGAUACCGACAAAUCAUUGUCUACAGCAUCGACGAAAUUCGAGGAACCAAAAUUAAACUAUGGCCCAGGAGCAGAGGCCAGAAUUAGAUUAACAGAGGGAAAAAAUACAACACUAGCAGUAGAUGAUCGUUUGCGUUCUUUCCCAAAAUCGGAUCUUUACUCUUCGUCGUUAGAAGCAAAUAUUUCUGGCACAGGUAGUGGUAUAUCUACUCCUCGAGGAAAUUCAAGGAAAGCAUCGCCAGUGCCUAUACGGGAGGCUCGUAUUUUAAAUAACACGCCGAAAUCAUCACCGAUUCAGAAGUCCUUUGUACCACCAAAAACACCAAUCACUCCAUCCAAUCCGUUCGAAGCGGAUGAUUAUGAUGAAUCAAAGAAUCCAUUUUCUGAAGCCAACGACUACGAUGACGAUAAAAAUCCAUUUAAGGACGAUGAGGAUGAUUAUAACAAAAACUUGAAUCCCUUUGGUAGAUAAACUAAAUUUAUUAUAUCCAGCUAUUUCAAUUAUUAAGUCCACGGAUAAGUAGUAGCUUUGUAAAAAAGACACCAUAAACGUUAUUAUCAUACGCAUAAAAUUGUAAAUUAAUUCUGUAAAUCCAGCUUAGCUUUGAUUAUUGUAUUCUUUUACAAGAAUACAAUCGUUGUUUUUCAGCUCGAUAUUUCAUGGUAACCCUAAAGUCAGUGCUUUAUAAAAUAAUGUCAUAUUCACAUUGACGAAUAAGACGCUUCUUCUGUACAUAUUGAUUUAUAUCACGUUUCAGAUUUUCACAUAAACAUACACAAAAUGUC